GGGGGGGCGCCGCGGCCGUGCGAGGGCGGCGGCGGCGGCCACCGGUGCCGGUGCGGUCCCGGUGCCCGCGGGCCAUGCGGCGGCCGUAGCCAUGCAGCGCGACGGGGAUGCGGCGGCGGCCGCCGCGGCCUCGUACCGGGUGCUCAGCCGGCUGCUGGGCUAUGGCACCGGGCCGGAGGCGGGCGCGGCGGGCGGCGCCGGUACCGGUGCCGGCGCGGCGGGCGCGGGGCCCGGCGGCGGGGGGCGGCUGCCCGGGGCCGGGCCGGCGCUGCGCAGCCCGCGGCCGCAGCUGAUGGUUUUCCGCAACGCGGCGGCCGAGGCCCGGCCCGGCGAGGACUGCGGCCCGGCGGCGGCGGCGGCGGCGGGCGGGGGGGUCCCGGGGGGCGGCGGGGCCGAGCUGUGCCCGCGGCACCGCUGCGCGCUGGAGCCCAAAGCGGCGGCGGGCUGGGGAGCGGCGGCGCAGGGCGGGCUGGAGCUGCAGGGCGGGCUGGAGCUGCAGCUGGCGGCGCUGGGGCUGCGCCCGCCGGGGCUGGGGGCGAAGGGGGCGGCGGGCGCGGCGGGCACCCCCUGCCCGUGCCUCGGGCCGCCCGCCGGCGAGGAAACCAGCGACGCGCUGCUGGUGCUCGAGGCGCUGGAGCCCGACGAGGGCGGCAGCGGCUCCGAGGACGAGCCGGGGUCCCCCGGGCGCGGGGCCGCCCGUGCCGCCGGCAGAGCCGCGGCCCCCGGCCCCGCCGCGCCGCCCGCGGGCACCGGCACCGGCCCCGGCGGCAGGAAGGGCUCGCUCCGCAUCCGCCUCAGCCGCCUCUUCCGCACCAAGAGCUGCAGCGGCGGCUCGGCCACCGGGGACGCCGCCAGCGCCGCCGCCUCGGCCGGGAGCCUCACGGACGUGUGCGGGGCCCGCGGCCGGGAGCAGGAGCCGGGCAGGAAACACAGACUGACGAGAACCCAAAGUGCCUUUUCCCCGGUUGUGUUCAGCCCCCUCUUCACAGGUGAGACGGUGUCACUGGUGGACGUGGACAUUUCCCAGCGAGGGCUCAGCUCCCCUCACCCUCCGACCCCUCCGCCGCCGCCCCGCCGGAGCCUCAGCCUGCUCGAUGAUAUCAGUGGGACGCUGCCUCCGGCUGUGCUUGUGGGGCCCAUGGGCUCUUCCCUGCAAUCCUUCCCUCUGCCUCCGCCUCCUCCGCCCCACGCCCCAGACGCCUUUCCCCGGAUCGUGCCCCUGCGGCCCCCGGAGGCCCCGGGCCAGCCGCCGCCGCCGCACCUGCAGUGUCCCCUGGCCCGGCCCGACCCCAGCAGCUUCGCCGCCAGCCUGAGGGAGCUCGAGAAGUGCGGCUGGUACUGGGGCCCCAUGAACUGGGAGGACGCCGAGAUGAAGCUGAAGGGGAAACCGGAUGGCUCCUUCCUGGUGCGGGACAGCUCCGACCCCCGCUACAUCCUGAGCCUGAGCUUCCGCUCGCAGGGCAUCACGCACCACACGCGCAUGGAGCACUACCGAGGUGAGCCAUCCCGGGAUCCAAAUCCCUGGGAUGGGGUUAUAAAUCAACACCACACGCGCAUGGAGCACUACCGAGGGACCUUCAGCCUGUGGUGCCACCCCAAGUUCGAGGACCGCUGCCAGUCCGUGGUGGAGUUCAUCAAGAGGGCCAUCAUGCACUCCAAAAAUGGGAAAUUCCUCUACUUCCUGCGCUCCCGGGUGCCAGGUGAGCCCGGGAAUGGGAUGGGCCAGGGAUCCAGGUGAGCCCAGGAAUGGGAUGGGCCAGGGAUCCA